UAUCUUUGCCAGAAUUGUUACACCACUAGCCCAACUGCCCCGCAUGCCACUCACUCUGACGUCGCCACGCCUCUCCUCCCAACAGGUCCCUCUUCAAAAACUCUAGCUGAUGAUGGUGAUGCGUCAACUUUUGGUCCUCCCAUUGUUUCUAGCUCUCCCACAUCUCAUUUUAAAUCUGUUUACCCCGUGGUCUGGUUGUGCCUAAGUGACUCUACCGGUCGUCUUACUGUGCAAGCCGAGGGACUUCCAGUUUUACAUCUGCUUGAAGCCGCUGUGCGACAAUCUACGUUAAUUGCUGGCUCUGUCGUCCCCGCAACACCAGCAACUAUUUCUAUACCUCCAGUAUCUCCUCCCAAACAGUUGCUUGUUGAUAAAUCUUCUCAUGGUGUUAGUUUAGAAACUAUCGAGGAAGAAGGAAGUCAUAAAAACGAAAAUCGUAAUGAAACUGAACGAGGUAGACCUAUACUUUCUUACCCAUUUGUCCAUUUCUUUCUUCUGCAUUUAAUUCUUAUAACACUUUUUCCUGAUCUACCUUCUUCCAGUGAUUGUCUACUCUAUUUAUGUUGUCACUAUGGUCCAUUUUGA